ACGCUCAGCGGGGCUGAAGGAGAGAACUCAGCCCUCCUGCCCCAGAAGCAGCGAAGUGCCCGAGAGGAGUGAGGGGGCACCAGGAAGGCAGCAGAGGCGGAGGCAGCUGGGAGAGGCUGGGCAGACGGGCAGAUAAGGCUCUGGGCUCUCUCCCCUUGGGGGCCACAGCCAGAGAAACAGCGCAGCCAGUUGCAUAAUCCUUCUGUUUGCCCAGAGCUACAUUUUGUCCUGAAACUCUCCGCCCUGGGAGGCAAUUGAAGAAGAUCCCAGCAAGGACCGGGCAGGGAAGGGAAUCAGCUGGCAAGUGAGGGCUGCGCUGGAUCCCUGGCCUCCGUCGCCACACACAAGGAUGGAGGCCCACAAUGCGUCCGCCCCGCUCAACUUUACCCUGCCGCCCAACUUCGGCAAGCGCCCCACCGACCUGGCGCUGAGUGUCAUCCUUGUGCUCAUGCUGUUCAUCGUUAUGUUCUCGCUGGGCUGCACCAUGGAAUUCAGUAAGAUCAAGGCUCACUUCUGGAAGCCUAAGGGACUGGCCAUCGCCCUGGUGGCACAGUAUGGCAUCAUGCCCCUCACCGCCUUUGCACUGGGCAAGGUCUUCCAGCUGAACAACGUGGAGGCGUUGGCCAUCCUGGUCUGCGGCUGCUCACCUGGGGGCAACCUGUCCAACAUCUUCAGUCUGGCCAUGAAGGGGGACAUGAACCUCAGAACGGGGAGGAAUCUGAAGACACCGAGUCCACUUUACACAGGAGGAAGCCGGAGUCCAGAGACUUGCCAGAGGUUUCCCGGAAUUUGUGGGAAAGCCGUAUCUGGAGCCAGCCCCAGGCUCCCUCCACCCUUGCUCUGCCUCACAGCUGGAGUGAGUCUGGGGCAGCUGCCAGCACGAGCAGGCGGGCACAUCCCGGGAGCAUGGGCCGCCAGCUGGACAUCAAGCAGCAGGCACGGCAGCUCCAUCCUCGAGGAUGCCAGCAGCCAAGCUCCAAAAGAUGCAGGUAACCCAGGGGCCAGAGAAAAUGCCCUCAACGCUGAAGCGAGCUUGGCUCAUCCGCGCCAGAGGAGAGAGUACCAGAGGGAACUGGGCCCCUUGGACUGCCUUGCUGCCCCUCAAGUUUUUCGACUCCCCCCAACCUGGCCCAUGGCAGAGACCAGAGCCAAUGGCUGUGGGGACUACAGACUUGGACACAACCCAAGAUUCCCGUAGGUCUCUCCACCAUGGCACAGGAAGCCUAACCAGGACAGGACAGAAGCCAGAAGUUUCCCCCUUCACCACAGACCCUCAUGAGUCUCCUCACAACCCCUCAGCUUCUGCCUCCAGGGCCUCUGCUGACAGGGACUCAAAACCCGCCCCUCAACCAGGGCAUGCAAAGGUCCCAAAGCAAUGUGUAUGCAGCGCUCUGAAAACUUAAGCAGGAAGCAUGACUAGAAAACCAAAUGUGCUCCUUUGCCCUGGCCCCCGUGUUCCCCGAGAGGCAGCCAGUCCACGAUGUUACUAUGGCACAGGUUCCAAUCUCAGGGCUAGAGUUUGAACGAGCCCCCUCCCAACCCUAUUCCCCAGGAUACACUGAGAAUCACGACAGUCACAGACACAAGCACCUUAGGAGAUGGGCAUCCCAAGUGCCCAGCACUUGCACACGUGGAGAAGGAGCCUGGAGGUCUGGGAGUGGGGUUCCCACACACCCACGUGCACAAGGCACACCAAGUCCCAGAGCAAAUUCCAAAACCCGUGACAUGCCGAGCCAAAGUAAGCAAGACUCCUCCGCCCAAGGACAUCAAAACAAGCGCGCAAGUUAUGUGUGGCUUUUCUCCUAAGAAGAAAUCAAUAGCCAGCACUGAAGCCCCCGUGCCCCUCCCCAAUCCCACCCCGCCCCCUUCCCACCCCAAAGGGAGCACCUGCCGGACUUUGCGUUCAGCGCUUCCACCGGCCUUUGACACUAUUACCACUGAUGUACAUAUCCAUAAACAAGAUACACUGUUGCAUUUGAAUGUUUUUAAGUUUUAUAUGAACAAUAUCAUACUGAUGCUAUCACUUGACAACUUGCUUUUCUGAGAUGUAGGCAUAUAAAUAAAAUAGCUACUUCGUGCAUUUAAAGUGCACUACGGUUCCUUGUAUUCAUCCACUCUCCCGUUGUCGGACACUUGUGUGGAUUUCAUCUUUUGCUGCCGGGAAUGGUUUUGCGCAUAUCCCUCUGCGCUCACGCGUGAGAGCGUGUGUAAGAAAAGCAGACUGCUGGGUUGUGAGUUCACACAUCAAGAAAGUCUCCGAAGUCAUUGUUCCACUCCAC